AUGCCAUAUGAUUCAUUUGCUGAUAUCCAAACAAAUCUUACUAAUAUUGAAAGUUUUAGUAUUGAAAUAAUUGUAAAUCAGCCAAAUAUUUAUUUUUACAGCGAACAAAACGAAAUUGUGUUUGCUGAUGAUUUGUCAACAACUAUUGAUACAUCCAAGCUCUCAAGUCUUCAGAUUGCUUAUUUUCCUGAAAGUUUUCCACUUUUCAUUACGCCAACAGAUCCUUUACGAUUCUUCCCUGACAUGAAGUUCAUGAAUGAUAAAGGAAUUAAUGUCUAUAUCUCAACAGAAAUGGAUACUUCCAAAAUUUUCGGUUCUAAUUUCAAGAAAGGAAAGUUCAUAUGCUCAAAACCUGUUACAAUAUAUACAGAAUCAUCCAAAAAUUCAUUGCCUAACUUCUUUGAGCUUGAUUCUUCUUUGAAUCUGAAAAUCAUUUCCCAAUAUUUACGCGGAAAAUACGAUCUUUAUACAUCAUUUGAUGAAAAAUCUCCAGAAAUAACUAUUACACGAAAUGCUUUCCCGAAAAAUCAAUACAUUGAUCCGUAUGUUCCUUAUGAAAACAAAUUAGAAUUAGUUUUGCACGGAUCCGCACUCGAUUCAUUGAACAACUCUGUUGGAUUCGAGUUUAACAAGAAAGUCGACUGUUUAACUAUAAGCAGUGUUGAUUUUAAAUCUAAUAUCAUUUUAAUGGCAAAUACAGAAAAAUUAGUUCUUUCAAACGUUCACGUGUACUUAUUCUCAGAAGAUAUUCCUAUUAUUGAAGCAGAUAGUUCAACAUACAUUGAAUUUAUGGCAAAUAAUGUUGUAGGAAAGAGUUUGACAUGUUUGGGUGAAGCUGAUACUUCACCAUGUUUGUCAUUUAAUUAUGAGUAUAUUACUUGUUCAUAUGUAAGUUUGAAAUCGAUUUCACAAGUUUUGACAAAUUUGACCACAAGAAUUAUUAAUUUAGAUGUAAAUAAUUAUGAAAUGGCUCCAAGAAACAUUAACUAUGACGGAUAUUGUAUUCACAUGACUUCUGCUUGUGGAAAUAUUUUUUUGAAUUAUUCAGCUUACAAACAGAUAAACAUCAAUGGAUAUAAUAUCAGCAACAGGUUUAACUCUCAUUUAUACGUUAGAUAUUCUGAAAAUUCCAAUGAAAAUGUACUUAAUAUUACAAAUUACGAUAAAAGUAAUAAAUGGGAGAUCAACAUUGACAUCUACAAUCAUGAAACAAAUACAAAAAUCAUUAUGAAGAAUAUGAAAGUUUAUUCUUUAGUACAAGAAAAAUUAGAUCCGAAAUCUUUUACAUUUAUUGGCUGUAAACGCGAUGAUCGUGAAUAUGGACAUUUCUGUAUUGUCAAGGAUUACUUCUCAUGCAGUUAUUGCCCUGAAAAAAUGAUUCCUGUUUUAGAAACAUUUUAUUUCAACAGAUACCAGGACAAAAACGAUAUCGUUCAAAUACUUACAGCAAGCUCAAUCAAUUUACCUAUGGAGAAGAUAUCAAAAACAACUGUAAUUGUGUCGGCAUAUCAAAAUAAUGUUGUAGACCUUAAAAUAACGCUUAACAAAGAUCCUGAUUCGAUGCCUACAAUGUUGGUAGUAAAGAAUUGCAGAUUAUUGUUCAGUGGCUAUGAAAAUAUCAGCAUCAAAUUUGAACAAUUUGCUCUUCUUCAGAAUUCUGAGAUAUUACAGUCAGGUCAUAAAAUAUUUGUCUCGCAGUCUUUGCUUGCAUCACCAAAAAUCACUGAUUCAUUAGUAAACAGGCUACUUCCAUCGAAAAAUUUGGAAAUCCAUUUGAUCCAUUCACAAACUUCCACAAAAGUGACAAAAAUUGAAGUGGCCAACGAUUAUUUAUUAGUUUUUUAUGGCGAGAAAGCAAUUAAAUUAAUUAGAAAUAGUUUUAAUUGCUUAUUUGUCAAAGACAUGUCAUAUGACGAUAAAAGUAACGCAAUCGUUCUAAAAUCCGCACUUAAAGAGUAUUCAGAGUUCUGGUGCUACAUCAGGAUCUUUGCACAAACAGACAAAAUCUAUCUGAACAUCACAGACUACGAAAACGAAUAUUAUUAUUUGGAUAACAAGAAUGAAGGAAUUUUCAUUGAUUUCGAAAUGCCACAUUCGAAAUUAUAUGUUUCUUAUGACACGAAAUAA